ACUAGGUCCUCACAGACAGUGACGUAAUUCCCCAGCGACUGGAAAAUAUUUAAAACACGAAUCUGUUUGAUAUCAUUAUAGUAGUAUUUUCUCUAGGAGCUUAACAUAAUGGCAUUGGAAACGGUUCCCAAAGACCUUCGCCAUCUGCGAGCUUGUCUUCUUUGUUCUUUAGUGAAGACCAUUGACCAGUUUGAAUACGACGGCUGUGACAACUGUGAGUCGUACCUUCAGAUGAAGGGGAACCGAGAGAUGGUUUAUGAAUGCACCAGUUCCUCGUUUGAUGGUGUGAUAGCCAUGAUGAGUCCUGAGGACAGUUGGGUAGCUAAAUGGCAGAGGAUAGGCAUCUUCAAGCCAGGUGUAUAUGCAGUUUCAGUGACAGGCAGACUACCUCCAGGUGUGGUGAGAGAGUUGAAAAGCAGAGGAGUGAUCUACAAAUCCAGAGAUACAGCAGUGAAGACAUAAACCUGACUGCUUCCAGUUAUCUGAUUAGCCACACCAGAGCGGUAUCACACUGCAGCACCAACUCCAGGAAGAAGUGAAAGCAGUGGGACUAAAUUUGAUCAUGUCAGUGAUGUCUUGCCCUCCAACUGUUCAAUUUUUGUUUUUUGUUGUGAUUAGAAAUAUUAGCAUGGGUGCUUAUAGGGGAGAAGAAGUGGAUGUUUUUUAUUUCUUUGAAUAGUUGAGAAAAAAUAAAGGUCUGUUUUUAUAAGAAAUGUGA